AUGAGUUACGGCGCGCCCCAUGCCCCCGGCGGCGGCGCAUCCUCAGAUCCGGCUGCAGCCCUCCGGGGCGCCUCCCUGGCCUUCAGCAAGAAGAAGCCGCCCGCGCCCCCUCCCCCCUCGAAGGGCAGCAAUGGCGCCCUCGCCGCCGCCACGCUGAGCUCCCAGAGCACGGGCGGGAGCGUCAACGGCCUGCCGGACAUGGACGCCGCCGCGGCGAGGAGCAUCGUCGCCGGGAGGAUGCAGCAGCUGGCAGCGGCGUCGGGCCAGCAACAGCACGGGAGCCAUCUCCAGACGCCGCCGAGGGUCGACCCGAAGAGCACGAGUUUCAUCGCCGCCACGCUGGCGGCGAGCCGCAAUGGGAGUCCGAGCCCGCCGAAGCCGGCCGCGGCGUCCCCGGUGGCGCCUAGGAGGAAGGCCAGCGUGGGCGCUAUGAGCUCCGUGAGUGGGCGGGGAGGAGGUGGUGGUGGUGGGGAUCCUGUCAAGAAGACGCCGGUGCGUGGGAAGCGCUCGGUGGAUGAGACUGUGGCUUUUCGCAGAGAACCACCAGUUGAUGAAGGUGUGGUUCCGAGGGCGGCGGAGAAGCGGCCGCUCAAGACGGAACCACAGAGCCAGGCCACUCCUCCGCGGCUUGACAAUUUGAUGUCCAAGGAUAGGACCGAUACGAGGGAGCCAGAUCUCGGGACGAGCCCUUCUGCUCAACGACAGAGGCAGCGGGCUGCACAGGCUAUUGGUGCCGUUGAACUAAGCAGGCCAGAGGCGAAAGCGAGCCGUUCUCCUCCGCGGUUGAAAAACCUUGUCUCUCAGAAUACCAGUGAUAGGAAGAGCCCUGAAGUGGAGGAGAGGCGUGCUUCGCCUGUGCAGACAGCAGUUCCCCGGAUCACCAACAAGUACAAUUCACCACAAUCGAGCAAUCCGCCUCAGUUCAGCCCUCUGACGCCGCCACCGCAGUCAGCUGGGAUCAGUCCGCUCCAGCCAGGGGCUGUGAAGCCUCCGCUGAAGCCCAAGAGAGCUCCAGCACAGACUGCGAGGCCACCAACACCACCAGAAUCUCGGACCUCUGCCCCUCCUCCCAAGCCAAAACCGUCGGUUGACAAACCAGCCGCCGGAGUCUCAUCCAAGCAACGAUCGGACCAGGCGGUGCCUCUUGGCGAGGACGCUGCCCCAGUAUCUAAGCCAGUUGCGAAAUCUUCGGCUCCCCCAACACCACCAAAACCAAGAAAACCCCAAUCUACAAGUAAUUUGAAGCAAAAUCAGGCGCCCGAAGACCAAAGAAGGGCCGUUCCCAACAAGCCCAAAGGAGAUCGCGGCCAGGCACCCGCACCACCAAAGCCCCGGGGAAGCUCCAAGCCGUUAACCAAGGUCUCUUCGAAUCGUGAUACAGACAGCCCGGAGCCGAUUGGGCUGCAACGUACAAAAACAACUGAUACAAUGGAUUCAGCAAACGAUGUGUUCGUCUCCGCCCCAACCUCGCCUGAGCUUGCUAAAACUGCCCCGGCCUUCCCACCCCGCCAUCGGAAAACGGCGAGCGGGCCACCAUCACCAACCAGAGACGUGCAGCGGCAACGCUCAACUACCGUGUCCUCGACCAACAAGAACCAAGCCCUGGAUUCCUUGACGAGCGCUAUCAUGGCUGGGUCUUUGGCCGCUGCUCGUUUAACGCCGCAUAGCACUGGAACCUCGUUGCCCCCUCCCGUGACGCCCAUACGGCAGAAAUCACCGCGCCUUCGCCAGACGAUGCGAGGCCCUGUCGACUCAUCUGAUGAGGAGGAGGAUCGACAUAAGAAGAACCACCGGCCGAAGCUGCGAAGCGGGAAGCACGCCCAUCAUGAGGGCUCCCGCAGGAGGUGGCGAGAUGAGGUCACGCCCAGGGAGCGCAAGCGUUACGAAGCCGUGUGGGCGUCCAACCGUGGCAUCCACCUGCCCCAUGCCGCUUCGCCCUCGGCGUCCAGCCUCAGCAGCAGCGGUAGGGACAACCUCAAGGACUUUUCGCACUCGGUGGCCAACGUCGUAGUGAGGGAGGUCUGGAAGCGAUCGCGGCUCCCCGAGGAUGAGCUUAUCGAGGUGUGGGAUCUCGUCGACCGUGAUAAGAGAGGCGUGCUGAGCAGGCAGGAGUUUGUGGUCGGGAUGUGGCUGAUAGACCAGCGCCUCAAGGGGAGGAAGAUCCCGACCAAGGUCAGCGAGAGUGUGUGGGGGAGUGCCAGUGGGAAUGGGUUGAUGGUCAUCAAGCCAAAGGCGAAGUAG